CCGGACGCCGAACCAACGUGAUGGCGUCAGGCGCCGCGAGCGCCGUUUCCUGUUGUCGCUGGCCGGGAGGCCGCAGCGCCUGGUCUGAGGCUUAGGGGCUGCCUUGGCCAGGAGUGCCCCGCGCCCCCUCCCCGCUCCCUCUGCUGAAAACCCUGACUCAUCACCUGGUACAGCAGCUGGAGGGCUUAAACACCGGCCUGUUGUCGUGCAUAGCCAGGUGCAGGAUCGGAGUCAGGCCGUAGAGACGAGGCUGUCGCGGAUGGCGGGGAAGUCUCUCAGCAGAAGAGCUUGCUGUUUACUGAUGAACGGAGUGUUUCGAAAGUGGUGAAGCCAGGUUAUCCAUUUCUUCUUUUAAUGUGUCAUGUGAUUCUCCGAGGGAGCUGCAGUGUGAGCGGAAAUGCUCUCGGUGGUGGAGAAUGGACUGGACCCCCGGGCUGCCAUCCCGGUCAUCAAGAAGAAGCUAGUGGGAUCUGUGAAGGCGUUGCAGAAGCAGUACGUGUCCUCGGACACAGUGGUCACUAGCGAAGACGGAGAUGCCAACACCAUGUGCAGUGCCCUGGAGGCCGUAUUUAUCCACGGCCUGCAUGCCAAGCACAUCCGAGCCGAGGCCGGAGGGAAAAGGAAGAAGAGCGCCCACCAGAAGCCUCUGCCUCAGCCUGUCUUCUGGCCCCUCCUGAAAGCUGUCACCCACAAACACAUCGUCUCGGAAUUGGAGCACCUGAUCUUUGUCAGCACGGACGUGGGCCGCUGCCGGGCCUGGCUGAGGCUGGCCCUCAAUGACGGCCUGAUGGAGUGCUACCUGAAGCUGCUCCUCCAGGAGCCCGCCCGCCUGUGCGAGUACUAUCAGCCCACAGCCCUGCUUCGAGACGCCGAGGAGGGCGAGUUCCUCCUCAGCUUCCUGCAGGGACUGACGUCCUUAUCCUUCGAGCUCUCCUACAAGUCCGCCAUCUUAAACGAGUGGACGCUUACCCCACUGGCUCUCUCUGGGCUUUGCCCGCUCUCUGAGCUCGACCCCCUCACCACCUCUGGGACAGAACUACAGCGGAAAGAGUCUCUGGAUUCAAUUUCCCAUUCCUCAGGCUCGGAGGACAUCGAAGUCCAGCACUCAGGCCAUAAGAUCCGACGGAACCGGAAGCUCACGGCCUCCUCCCUCAGCCUGGACACCGCCAGUUCAUCCCAGCUGUCUUGCAGCCUAAACUCUGAUAGCUGCCUACUCCAAGAGAAUGGCUCCAAGAGUCCAGACCGUUCCGAGGAGCCCAUGUCCUACGACUCCGACCUGGGGACAGCAAAUGCCGAUGAUUCAGACCCGUCUCUGCAAGAGGUAUUGUCGGAAUUCAGCAAAGCCCAGGUAAACUCUGUGCCAACCAACGGACUGAGCGGACUGAGUGGAGAAGUGGAGAUUCCCACGGGGCGGGCCUCACUCCCCCUCCCCGGCCUGGAGGCCAGCAUCCCUUUUGAUGUGCCCGCAGAGCCCCUCCCGCCCCAAGCAUCCUCUGGGACUCAAGAUGGGGACCGCAAGCAGGAGCCGCCUCCCCAGGCACCUGGCACCCUGGGCUUGCUGCAGUUGGGCACUGCCAAAGCUGUCCCCUCGGUGAGCAUUUUAGACCAGAGGCCUUCCAGUCCCGUGAGAGAGGCGGCGGCCAGAGCAGUCAGCCCAGGGAGUGGCCAGCAGAAGUCUCUGGAGGAUGACGGAGCUGCACGGAACCUUGGGGUGUCCUCACCCACCAGCCCGAAGAGCAGGAGCUGGAUUUCAGAGGAUGACUUCUACCGGCCUCCCCAGGAGCCGCCCGCAGAGAGCCCUUCAGAACACUCCGUGGCUUCUUCCGGAGGGACUCCGGAGUCCAGGCCUGGGCUCCUCCGGCAUUUUUCUCAAGGGCCAAGGAAAAGCCACUCCACGGGGGCCUUAGACCAAGCCUGCGUGCCUUCCCCAGGAGGCCGGCCAAGCAGGGCAGCGGCGGCCCAGGAGCACCAGAACUUCAGGGUGGUGCACCGCAGGCAGAUGGGGCUGUCCAACCCAUUCCGGGGUCUCAUGAAGCUGGGCACCGUGGAGCGGCGGGGGGCGAUGGGCAUCUGGAAGGAACUCUUCUGCGAGCUCUCCCCUCUGGAAUUCCGCCUCUACCUGAACACCGAGGAACGCACCUGCGUGGAGAACUGCUCCCUGCUGCGCUGCGAGGCCGUGGGGCCAGCCCACGGCGACGGCCGCUUCGAGCUGGUCUUCUCUGGCAGGAAGCUGGCCCUGCGGGCCUCCUCCCAGGACGAAGCCGAGGACUGGCUGGACCGGGUGCGGGAGGCCCUACAGAAGUGCCGGCCCCAGCAGGAGGAUGAGUGGGUGAACAUCCAGUACCCGGAGCAGCCCGAGGACCCCCCAGACGCCCCCCAGGGUGGCCUCCCCUCCCACCCGGACCCACCCACUGAGCCCGAGACUCUCCAGGGCACGCAGUUCUGUUGGUCCUCUGCCCAAGUUCCCGAGCCAGACGCUAUUAAAGAAUCCCUUCUGUACCUGUACACGGACAGGACCUGGAUGCCCUAUAUUUUUUCCCUAUCCUUGGAGUCUCUGAAAUGCUUCCGAGUGAGAAACAACGAGAAAAUGUUAAGUGACAGCCACGGAGUUGAGACCAUCCGAGACAUCCUGCCAGACACGAGCCUCGGGGGCCCAUCCUUCUUCAAAAUCAUCACGGCCAAGGCCGUCCUGAAGCUGCAGGCCGGGAAUGCUGAGGAGGCUGCCCUGUGGAGGGAGCUGGUGCGCAAGGUCCUGGCGUCCUACUUGGAGACGGCCGAGGAGGCGGUGACACUGGGCGGGAGUCUGGACGAAAACUGUCAGGAGGUGCUGAAGUUCGCCACGCGGGAGAACGGCUUCCUGCUGCGGUACCUCGUGGCCAUCCCCACGGAGAAAGGCCUCGACUCCCAGGGCUGCUUCUGUGCAGGCUGCUCCCGGCAGAUUGGCUUCUCGUUUGUACGACCCAAGCUUUGUGCCUUCUCUGGCCUCUAUUACUGCGACAUCUGCCACCAGGACGAUGCCUCGGUGAUUCCGGCCAGGAUCAUCCACAACUGGGACCUCACCAAGCGCCCGAUCUGCCGGCAGACUCUGAAGUUCCUGACGCAGAUCUGGGCCCAGCCCCUCAUCAACCUGCAGCUGGUGAAUGCCUCGCUGUACGAGCAUGUGGAGCAGAUGCGCCUCGUCCGGAGGAGACGGGAGCAGCUGAAGCUUCUGGGGGAUUACCUGGGCCUGUGCCGAAGUGGGGCCCUGAAGGAGCUGAGCAAGAGGCUCAACCACAGGAAUUACCUCUUGGAGUCUCCCCACAAGUACAGUGUCGCUGACCUCCAGCAGAUGGCCUCAGUCUCAGCACAGCUGCCCGAAAGGCCUGGCGGCCUGACCUUGCCCUCCACAGAUCGCAGACGGGGCGUACGAAGGGUUCCUCGAUGCCCUGAUCGGAUUCGCCUCCCAGCACGUCUACCACUGCGACCUGUGCACCCAGCGUGGCUUCAUCUGCCAGAUCUGCCACCACCACGACAUCAUCUUCCCCUUCGAGUUUGACACCACCGUCAGGUGCGGCGAGUGCAAGACCGUCUUCCACCAGAGCUGCCAGGCCGUGGUGAAGGGGGGCUGUCCCCGCUGUGCCCGCCGGCGCAAGUACCAAGAAAGGAGCGCUCUCCUCUAAGCCGCUGCGCCGUCCCCGGCCCGAGACUGCGGGGCAGCGGCUCGCGGCCAGCCCGGCCGCCUGUGGCAUCAGCCUGCAUACUCUCGAGGUGUCCCAGCCGUGUCCCCUGUCGGGAGGACCCAGAUGCGACCAGAGCACGAGCCUACCAGACGAAGCCCUCGAGGAUGUCCCCCAGUCCCUCUACCACCCGUCUGCUCCACAAGGUGGGGACGCCAUCAGAUGCCCCCCCCCCCCGACCCAGGGGAAGCGGGGAGGGGAGCUUUGCACUAACCAGGCCCCAGCUCACCUCACAGACACGGCAUCUCCAUCAGGGCUCUUCAAACACUGUGGAAACCACACUUGGGCACGUGCUCAGUUCCACAUUCCGGAUUCAAAAAAGGUCUAGUUUUUUAAGGUGGGUUUUUUCCCUUCAUAUUUCAAUAGAAAAUAUUUUUUUAUUCUUGACCGUACAUAAGUCACCCAAGAAAUCCAGACAUUCUCAUGUGGAGCAAACACGUGGGAACAUUUGGCCUGCGGGCCAAAGGCGGGUGGCUGGGCGGGCAGGCCGCCGCUGGGCCAGAGCCUGUCAGCUCUACGGGUGCCUUUCCCUCACCCGCGCCCGACACUGCUGCCCACGGCUCAAAUACGACGUGCCAAACCGCCCAGGGGCUGUCAGGGUCGGUCCCGAUGACCACCCUCUUCCUCUCCCCUGCCUCUUUUCGCCCUACCCUGCCCUCCUCACCUGAAAAGCCCGUCACCUCUCUCCGCGUCAGAGCCCCCUGGCUCCGCCGUAGCCCGGGCUCUCGGUCCCUGCGGGAGAAGGGAGGGACUUGGAACCAGCACUGUGAGCACUUUGAGCCCUUGCUUGGUCCAGGGCCGGGUCAUCAUCUUGCCCACCCCUCAGCCCCGUGCCCUCCUCACCUACUGCAGACCCAAAGCCAGACGGGCGGGGCUGCUGCAGACACACUCUCAGGGGGACACCCCUCACCCCCCACCGCCUGACCCCUGCUGGGACAGAGGAAGGCGGGGCCCACACAGAGGGCAGUGAGCCCAGGCCAGCCUUGGGCACCGUGGAGCGGUGACCCCCGUCCGCCCAGGAAGAGUGCCAGCCGUGCUGCGGCGACGUGUGGGGGCGGCCGCCUCGUGGGAGGGAUGCCUAGCCUCAGUUUACAAAGCCAUGAAUUCACAAAGCUUUGCUGGACUGGCCCGGAGGGGGCGCCGCCAGAGACUAGAGAAUUUCCCCGGAGCACGAUUGCCUUUUGAAGGGGCGUGGGGUAGAGUGCGAGCCUGGAAUGGUUUGCAAAGUGGUGUUUAGACCCUGUGGUUUGGGACCGAUUCCCCUGCUGCCUUCCCCCAUCUCUCCUGGACCCAUCGCCCCCCUGACCCCCAGCCCUGGGCCGUCUGGCCGUCCUGUCAGCUCUCGCCUUGGAUUGGGAGCCUCAGGUGGAGACUGCCUUUCACUGUCAAGAGAUGAAUCUACUCCCACCUCUCCCCUGGGGUGAUUCGCCUGCUGAGUCACCUGCCCAGCCCUGUGGAGCUGGAUAAGUUGUGCAAUAGAAGAGAGGAGGUGGUAGGCAGGUGGGGGAGGGGGCUGCCACACAGCCUGUCUGUCCCCUGUCACGGAAACAGUACGCACCUAUGCCCGGCACACCAAAGCCUCCUAAACGGGGAAGCGGAUCCCUAUCCUCAGCCCGCGCACCCCCACAGCCAGGAUUAAUGCCCCACCGCAGACCCAGCGCGGCCGGCCAGAGCCACAGAUGCCCCAGAUCCCCCAGUGGCCCAGAGCCGGCCUGGACAGCGGGUGGUGCCGCCCAGGCCGGGCCUCAUCUCAGGCCCGUGAGAACAAUGUGCACACCAGAAGGUGCCCUAGGAGGCAUCAGGAGUGAGGCCCCAGAGGAGCUCACUUAGGCUGUGUGGGGCCUGUGCCCCCCCUUCCUCCUCCCCCUCCACCCCCACCGGGGACUAGCAGCAUUAACUACAACUCACCCUCUCCCCAGUACCAGAAAGCUGCUGAUGCUUCCCGAUGAGUUGACUCUUACCCUCUCACCUCCAAUGGAAAGCUGAUGUGAACCUCAGUGGUGCCCACACUAUUUUUAAAACGCCAUUUUAUGCAAUAAACUGUUCUCUAGUGAGGCGCGCUGGCCCCGAACGGCGCUUUGCAAUGUACUGAAGGAACUGCUGCUGUGUGAUUUUUGAAUGAUUUUGCAGUAAAGACCUGAUCUUUCUCA